AAGUUACUGUAAUGAUCAAAGUCUGAGAAGCAUGUUCUACUUUCGAGCCUUCGCGCGUUUGCUAUAAUAAUUAUGCUAUAAUAAUUGCGAGUAGAAUUAAUUUCUGCAUCGUCUGAUCGUUAUAUGAAUAAUCGAAGCAGUGGACAGUGGAUGAUCCGCACGACAUACAAUAAACAAAAUCGAUUUUCGAGAACCGACAAUUCCUCGUGGUGGUUUAUACGUAAGUUGAUACGUGGUGUCUUUAUGUAAAACCGAGCGAAGAAAAGAAUUAUGGUCUCGGUGAUGCAACCAUUCAUGGAUGUUGAGAGCUCGAGAAGUUACAUCGAUGAACUAUACUCGCUGGAUCCACAAAAAUGUUUAGAAGCUAUUAUAUGUUUAAAAAAUUCCGUAAUUGGAAGUAAUAGACAAAAAGGAUCCGUGAUAGCUCAGGGUGUAGUACCACGUUUAUUACAACUUCUUGGAGACACCUCAGAAAGAAUAGGAGACAAUAUAAGGCUAGAGGCAGCAGUGACUUUGGGCUCUUUGGCCAAAGGGACAGAUCAACACGUGCUAGCAUUGAUAGAUCUGGGUGUAGUGCCACUGCUUUUUCAGGUCAUUCUGUCUACGCCUGUCUCAGAGACACCCUUACAAGGGAAAGCAAAAGUAACAGAUUUAUUGAACGAGGCAUGCUUGCGUUGUUUGAGGACAGUAUUUGAACAUCCAGCAGCCCCUGUUCAUUCUAUAUACCAGGAUCCUGCAUUAGUGCCAAGAUUGGUUUCGUUGGCGAACCAAUCUGUUACCUGUCAAAUAUGCGUAGCAACAAUUUUAACAACAGCAUGCAAGACAACGGAGGAACAGGAUGCUUUGUCCAAAGGUGGUGCUGUAGAAACGUUGGCAAUGCAAUUGGAUUCUCCAUUACCUGAUGUACAGUUAUCGGCUUUAGCUUGUUUGGCAAAUAUGUGUUACGAGAAUUAUAGGGUAUGUGUUAUGGUCGCGUCAGCGACUACCAGUAAUACACCGCAGGGUAGACUUGUACCCGUAGCGUUAGGACAGUUAAUGGGCCGUGAGAAAAAUUCCUUAAUUCAACUUGAAGCUGCGCGAUGUGUUACGUAUAUGCAUAGAACCGGAGUUUUACCAUACAAAGAUCCGAGAAUUAUAUACCGUGCUUUACCAUGUUUGGUGCGACUUUGCCAUCGAGACCAUCCGCCUCGCGAGAGAGUGGCCGCGGCCGAAACGUUGGCAUUUCUCACUGAAGUCAACACCGAACUACAACGUUUAGCUUCCAUUAGCAAUCAUUUAAUUCUUAUGCUCGCUGAAUUAUUGCGACCUCAUCCGCAUAUACAAGAUGCGACCUUGACGCAAGAUAUGCGACAAGCCGCGUUCAGAGCGUUCGCGUCUCUCGGUGCUAACGACGAGGAUAUUAGGAAACGCAUUAUUGAGACGGAAAGUCUCAUGGAACAAGUAGUAGCGGGUCUCCAGGAUCCUGGAGGUUCUCGUGUACGUUUAGCGGCUGUUAGAUGCUUGCACUCGCUUUCCAGAAGCGUUCAGCAACUUCGGACAACGUUUCAAGACCAUGCCGUUUGGAGGCCUCUCAUGCAACUGUUGCACGGAGCGGACAAGGGAUUGGAGGGUAGAGGCGAGAGUGAAGUUGAUUUAUUAACUGUUGCCUCGAGUACUUUAUGUAACUUGUUGUUGGAAUUUAGUCCGAGCAAAGAACCGAUUCUUGAAUCCGGAGGAAUCGAAUUACUGUGCUCGCUGACGAAACGGUGCACGCCCGAGUUGCGAUUGAACGGAAUCUGGGCGUUGAUGAACGUGGCUUUCCAAGCCGAGCAACAAGUGAAAUUGCAGAUACUACAGUGUUUGGGAACGGAUCAGAUCUUUUGCCUUUUGGCGGAUCAAAACAUACCCGUUCUAAUGAAGACGCUUGGUUUGUUGCGAAAUUUGGUCUCCACGAAGGCUCACAUAGAUCGUAUAAUGGGGGAGCAUGCUGCCCACGUUAUGCAAGCUGUUAUAUUAGUUUUAGAAGAUCCGAGGCAUCCUCCGGUCGUUAAGGAGCAGGCGCUCUGCAUUUUAGCGAAUGUGGCCGAUGGAAAUCGAGCAAAGGAUCAUAUAAUGGCUAAUGAGGACGUGCUUAAAAAACUUAUGGAUUACAUGAUGCACAGCAGUUUAAAAUUGCAAGUGGCUGCUGUAUUUUGUGUGUGCAACCUAGUCCGGAGGGAAGAACCUGGUGCUGCACAACGGCAAGCACGUUUAAAAGAAUUGGGCUUUUAUCGUAUUUUGCAACAGUUACGUCAUAGCAAGGAUCUUCAAUUAUUCGAUAAGGUCAGAACUGCCAUAGCACAAUUCUAUGACGCCUAAAUUUUCGAUGACAUGACAAUUCAGGUUUUGAUUUAGAGUUCUUUUAUACAUAUGGAAUGCAAUUGUAUUUUGGUGUUGACUCUGUGAUUCUGUAUUUUGUUGAUGCAUAAGCAGUUUAUAUUUAUAUAGAAAUGAUACAAAAACAUAAUCCACGACGACGUGAUCUGUUUAUGUUGUAUUUAUUUUAUUUAAAAAAGAAAAGCAGCGUGCGGUACUUUAGUAUAUUAAAGGAAGGAAUGUAAUAAUUGUACCAUAAAUUUUUAAAAUAUGAAUUGUCUACAGUACUACUGUAAUACAGCGAUGAUGUCAACGAAAUUUAAUUGAAAGGACUCAUACCUUGUGAAAUGACAACAAAUUGCAAACACACUUUUAACAUUAAAUAUACUUUGAACAUAUUUUGUUAUAAAUGCGAAUAGGAAUGUUGGUAAUUAUUGAUUAUCACGAAAGAGAUGUAUGACUAGUAGAUCUUACAAACUAUCAUAGAUCUUGUAUCUUUGGUACGAAGCUGGAAAAGAUAUUUAAACAUUCGUAAAUCUUU